GCGGGAAAUUCUAGGGCGAGUAGAAACAGCGACAUUUCAUGCUUCAAUCUCGAUCAAUAAAGGGCAGUUAAAUGGAGAGUUAGGAAUGAAAAUGGAAUUGCUCAAGUUGUCCAAAUUCAGCCUCCAGCUUCGAACUCUCGUCACAGAAUCUCGCGAUCUCAGAGAGAGGAAUCGUUCCGCAACCAAUCAAAUUCAUACCUUAAUCCAGAAACAAAAUCAAGCCGAAGAGGAAUACAAUAGAAAGUUACAAGAACUGCAAGCGGAGUUAGCUUCAUGUAGCGAAUCACAGCAAAGGCUUGAAAGGAAGGUGGGUUACCUUCAAAACGAUAACGCUUUGCUUGAAAACAAGAAAAAAGAGUUACAAGGAACGAUCCAGAGCCUACUUCAGUCCAGGGAUAGCUUUAUAAGUGCAUAUCAGGAAUCUACAUGUGAAAUGAAACGUUCAAUUGAAGCUAGAGAUAGAAAACUUGCUGUCCUAUCUGAGAAAUUGAACUCUCAUUUAUCACUAUUUGAUUCAAUUGAAAAGGAGGCAUUCUCUGUCAAGCAGGUUGUGGAUAAGUUGGAAAGAAUUGUGAGUGAAAAAGAGGAAGUAGUUGCUGGAUUAAGGAGAGAAAUAGAUCAAGUCUUUGCAUUUGAAAAAUCAUUUGUUGAGAAGAUCAAUGACCUGGAAAAUAGGCUGAACAAUGAUGAAUAUGAGUUUCAAAGAAAGAAUAAAAUAAUUUCAGAGUUAGAAACACAGUUGGCGGCAGCAAAACUCAGUGAUUGCAGCCGAGCACAAAUUGAAGAGAUAUCCACCCAUCACCUUCAGAAAACUAUAUCAGCAAAGGAUACUGUCAUACGGAAUCUAGUGUCUGAGAAAGAGGCAUUGCAUUUUGAGGUGAGAAGUUUAGCAAAUAUAUUACAGAAAAUUCAGCAUGCUGUUGCACAUAUGAAUGAAGAGGAUAGAAGGGUCAUCUUCUCAAAGUUGGAAAGUGAAGAACAUUGCAAAAUGAAUACGUCAGACGAAGAUAAUCGGAUUCAGGAUACAACUAAACAAAGUGCUGAACAAUCUCCAAUUAUGACUUGUAGAAUGGAUGCUGCAGAGAAUAGAGCUUCACAGCAGCUAUCGCUUGGGUAUACUUCAGCCAGCAAUCACUUGCAAGCAAACAAUAAUUUCAGUUCAUGUGUUUCAGAGUCUGUCUGUUCUCCACUCUCAGCUUGUUCUGAACCUCAACCACCUACUAAUGUAAUGAUCAUCUCUGUGAACGAACGAAUGGAUUCCUGUGGAAUACCAGUACACCAACUUGAUUCAGAGUGCUCAUCCACCCAAGCAGAAACAUCCAAAUAUCCAGGUUAAAUUCCAGUUAUGAACAGUAUUCGAUCACCUAUAUAUUUUUUUAGUUCAUUCAGAAACAGAUGCAUGAUCAUAUAUGGAUUGUGUGGCAUCACAUCUAAUAGUUAUUUUGUUUUCGA